AGGACUUGGACGAGGUGAUCGCGAGGCACAUGGACCCGGUCCUGGAGAACCUGCGGCUCAUGCAGGAGCACCACCGCUUCAACAUGGGCUUCGACGACGCGAUCAUCGACAAAGAAACCUGCAAGAAGGGCCUGCGGGAGAUGUCGCGGGCGAAGCAAGAGGUCCUCUUCUACUGCCUGCUGGACCACGACACGCUCCAGGGGCACGGCGCGCUCCUGUGGACCUACGGCAACAUGAAGGUCAAGGAGGAGUUCAUUGAGAUUACGAACAUUGGCUACUCACUCUGGAACCAGCACUUCGCCACCAUCUCCAAGCUGAUCGAUUGGUUCAAGGAGGCCGGCUACCGGGCCUCCAAGCAGCUCCGCAGCGAGUUCAAGCAGUCCUGGGCGCAGCGGAUGGAGGCCGCGAAGGCCAGGCGCGGGGUGGACGUGACGGAGGGCCAGAAGAAGAGGUUCGAGGGCUUCAACUCCACGGCCACCACCACCUCCGGGCUGCAGACGCCGGGCGGCCCCGGCAACCCGAUGACCGCCGGGGGCUUCACGGGGCUGGAGACGGCCGCCCAGACGCCCCAGGGCGCCCGGGCUCCCGGCUCGGCGGGCGGCGCGGCGGGCACGCCCAGAUUCGGCGGCUACGUCACGCCGAACGCGAUGGUCCCCGGCACACCGAACGCCAAAUUUGUGGUGAACCCGGGCACCGCGAGGUCGAGGGCCCCCUCGUCGCCAGCACCGAGCAUGGUGCCCGCCACGCCCGGCGGCGCCGUGCCCGGCACGCCCGGCGCCGGGCCCGGGGCGCAGCCCUGGGGCGCGCCGCCGGCGCAGGCCCCGCGGCAGUCCUGGGGCGGCCCGCCGGCGCAGCCGGCGCCGCGGCAGUCCUCCCGGGGCGGC